AUUAUGACAUCGACAAACGGCAACAUCCGCGGCUGCCGGACGAGCUGGACCCGAAGCCGAGGCACAGGCUUGCAGAUCAAGAGCAGACCAUCGAGUACUGGCGGGACCAAGCGAAGGCCACCGUCGAGCGGCUGCGGACCAAGACGGAGAAUAGGAACACCGCGAAGAACGUCAUCAUGUUCCUCGGGGACGGGAUGUCCAUCGCGACGGUGGCCAUGGCGCGAGUGUACGCCGGGGGCGAGGAGAAACCGUUGUUCUUCGAAGGAUUCCCAUUCGUCGGUAUGUCGAAGACGUAUUGUGUCAAUUAUCAGGUAGCGGACUCGGCCUGCACGGCAACCGCUUAUCUGACGGGCGUGAAGGGCAAUUACGAAACUAUCGGCGUGAACGCGCACGUCCCGGUGCGUGAUUGUGAAGCUGCGCGGAACCGCUCGACCCACACGUCGUCCAUCGGGCAGUGGGCUAUGGAUGCGGGAAAGGACGCUGGCAUCGUGACCAGCACGCGGGUCACGCAUGCGUCUCCCGCGGGUAUGUACGCUCACAUUGCGUUCCGUGAUUGGGAGGACGACUACUGGGUGAAGCAGGAUGGCUGCAAUCCGGAUACGGUCGACGAUAUCGCCGAGCAGCUGGUAUACGGUGAGACCGCACCGAAGCUUCGCGUCAUUUUGGGCUGUGGUCGUCGAGAGUUCCUAGAUCGGAACGUGGGUGUAGACCCCGAGACCGGAGGACCUGGGUACCGAUCGGAUGGGAGGAAUUUGAUCAACGAAUGGAUGAAAAAUGGGCCGGUCGGGGAGAACCGGACGUUUGUGUGGAAACGUUCGGAUCUGUUGGCGGUGAAUCCACACCGAACGGAUCGUUUGCUGGGAAUGUUCGAACCGGGUCACUGUGCGUACAAUUUGGACCGGGUUCAUAAGAAUCUGCACGAAGAGCCAACCCUGUCCGAGAUGGUGGACAAAGCGACGGACAUUCUAAGCACGAACCCGAACGGAUUCUUCCUGUUCGUGGAGGGUGGCCGCAUUGAUCAUGGCCACCAUGACAAUCUGGCCAAAUAUGCCAUCGACGAGACGGUGGAGUUUGAUAAGGCGAUUCAGUUGGCGCGCAGCAAGUUCAGCGAAGAGGACACCCUGAUAGUGGUCACGGCGGAUCACUCGCACAGUGUGAGCUUCGCAGGAUAUCCGAACCGUGGGAACGACAUAUUUGGCACCAGCGGAACGGGCAGCGAUGGCCUGCCGUACAUGACCAUUAGCUACGCCAACGGUCGUGGGUUCUACACGCACGUCGACGCGGAGAAAGGCUCGCGGGCCGACGUGCGCGAACUGGACAACUUCAACGAGGACAACUUUCCGUUUCCCGCCAUGCUUCCGGUGGACCUGGAGACACACGGUGGCGAAGACGUCGGAGUUUACGCGUCCGGUCCCUGGUCGCACCUGUUUUCCGGUUCCUACGAACAGAACGUAAUCCCGCACAUCAUGGCGUACGCCUCGUGCGUCGGCAAAGGUCUUACAGUUUGUGACAAAAAGUAACGUAGAAUAAAUUGUAUCUCAGCCCGGGCUUAGAGGGCUCCAAACGAU